CAAUAGUAAAAUCUGCAUGAAACUAUAAACCAUGUAAAUUUUUUUAUUCAUAUCUCGUCUUUAUCACUACGGGUCCAAGUUUCAUUAUUUUUAUAAUUUUUUUUUUCAAYAUCUAGGUAAUAAAAUUUAAAAAAAUAUAAUUUCAUACAGGUCUACAAAAUGGCUAGUUUUGAUGACUUAGCAAACUUAUUUUUUAUUGAAAAUAUAACAAAAUCAAAUUAAUUUUCAAACACAACCAAGCCUAAGAAGAGUGGAUCCAAUAUACAUUACGUCAUGCGCAACUCGUUCAGAAUUUGGGAAAUAAAAGAUAAAGCUAUAAUAUUUUUACCAUGAGGUUUUUGGUUUGAGUCGUUUGAGAAGCCAUGGCCAGAGCUUGGUAAUAAUACUAUAAUCAGAUAAAUGCACAUAAUAUUAUUGUUAUUAACCUUGAUAUUGAUAGUAUCACAAUUGUAUACAAUACACCUGUCCUAUAUAGCAGCUGGUAUUGAAGUUUAAACCACGUAUUAAAUUCUACUUAAGUUUAUUUUUCUUUCMUUGACUACAUUAUUACUAUAGAUCGACCUAUCUGCUGCCGUCUGCCGUUGUGUACACACUACACAGUACCAUGACAAAAAUACAAAAUAACUAGAAGUUAAUGAUUUUAACAUGCACUGUAUAAUUGUGCGUAAUAAAUAAUAAUCGGUAUCCGUUGGCCWCAGCCAGAUCAGACGUUAUUSGUUUGUAUAUUGUAUAAUUAUAUAAAUUAUAGUUUGUUUACUUUGCUACACACCGUGUUGAUCGUCAACUACGAAAUCACAACUUUUGACGACGCCGUGGGUGAUGUGCAAAAUGGAAGCAGCAACUACRACGAUGACAUGUACGGACACUACCAACGACCAUCAUACUAUAUUGAAACAACCGACCAAAGUCCUCUUGACGCUUAGCAACGUAUUGUUGYCUAAGGAAAAGCUCAUGUUUACACCGUCGAUGAUCGACGGGUUAGAUUUCGAGACCGAAGUCGAUCUUAGGAUUGUCGGUUGUGAGUGGAUUCAAACCGCUGGCAUCUUACUCAAACUACCCCAGGUUGCAAUGGCAACUGGACAAGUGUUGUUUCAGCGAUUUUAUUACACAAAAUCUUUUGUUCGUCACCCAAUGGAAAUAACUGCAAUGGCAUGCACAUGCUUAGCUUCUAAAGUUGAAGAAUCACCACGACGUAUUCGUGAUGUUAUUAAUGUUUAUCAUCAYAUUCGUCAAGUAUUAAAUCAAAAAUUGAUUACGCCAUUGGUACUUGAUCAAAAUUAUGUACAGAAAAAGACCCAGGUAAUAAAAGCGGAACGACGCGUGCUCAAGGAGCUUGGCUUUUGCGUGCAUGUUAAACACCCGCAUAAACUCAUUGUAAUGUACCUACAGGCACUUGGAUUUGAGAAACAUCAGUCAAUAAUGCAGAUGUCCUGGAACUAUAUGAAUGAUUCAUUACAAACCGAUGUAUUUGUUCAAUUUGAUCCAGAAACUAUUGCUUGCGCUUGUAUAUAUCUAUCGGCUAGGAAAUUACRAAUACCUUUGCCAAAAAGUCCAGCAUGGUACUCUUUAUUUAAUUCGAGUGAAACAGAUAUCCAGGACAUCUGYCGUAAAAUACUCAAACUUUAUCUUAGACCAAAAGCUAUCACAGAAGAUUUAGAAAAACGAGUAGAAGAAUCAAAGAAAGAAUAUGAUAAUGCUAAGGAGAAARCUAAAGAAGCCAUUGUUCAUCCAGUUGUACGAACUGAAUUAGUGAUGCCUAAUCCUAGUAAUGGAAUAACUACUGCUGUCCCAGGAAAUAAUAGUUCAACCACCCCAAAUAAAAAGCCAUUCAAUAAAAGGAAUAGAAGCAGAACACCUUUGGAAAUUAAGCAGAGAAGUAAAAGUCCAAGACAUAUAAAGAAAUCUAAGAAAAAAAAAUUAGUACCAACUUACAGAGACUACGAGGACUACGAAGAUUUUAAAGAUUACAAAGUUUACAAAAGUUAUAAAAGUAAUGAAAAUUAUAAAUCCAAAUCUAGAAAUUACUACUACCGUAAAAAAUAUUAAUUAUAACUGUAAUUAUAGCAUAGUCAACUUUUAAAAUUUAUUUUACUAAAACAUUGUUUGUUYAUUAAAUUUCAUGCCUAAAGCAUUUCUUUAWAUCUAUAAAAUAUAGUGCGUUAAUUUAUUAGAAAGACAGUAAAUCAAGUUUGUAACAUCACAUGAUGCCGAGCAGUUUAUUUUAAUGUAAUAUUGUAUUUAUUCAUUUAUCCAUUUAUCAUACUAUAAAAUGUCAAACAUUUUUGAA